GUUGAGGCUUGAAUUAUGCCAUGUCUGACGCUUGUGAUAGGUUCGUCGUGUAGAGGCGCCACGCUUCUCGAGAUUGUGGAGUUUGUGCAGGCCUGAACAGCCAGCCCCUAGGCUCAGCACACUAGCAUCUGCCAUGGGGCCCCUGCGCAGACGGCAACUAAAAGCAACGAACGCUGAUCUGGUCAGAGCGUGAAAUGACGGAAACGGUAGAGCCGCAGCCAUGUACCACGUUUUUGGGCGCGAUCCCUGGGGUCAAUCGGCGAGCGCGGCGCUAUGGCGCAUGCUGGGGUGGAUGCCAUCCUGAUUCCUUACCCAAGUCACGCUCGGUAUAUAACACUUGAUCGCCCUAGCCUUUUGGUUCAGUCAAACUCAAAGCCCAGCACAGCAACAACUACUAGCCUUACAUCGAGACCCUCCACCACCAAUACAAUCAAUCAUCAACAUACAUCGGAGCAUUCUACCAACCACCAGCCAACAUGUACCAGAACCUUGGACGCACACCCAACUGGGAAACCUGCUUCAAGCAAACCCAACUCACCGAGGAGAACUUGCGAACACAUACUGCCACCCACAAGAAGCUCGAUAGUGCUUGUGAAAUGGAUGACCAACUUCACUACCGAUAUGACGGUGACUUUGCUGAGUCAGACGAUGGAAACGUGGAAAGCCAAAGAGAGACCAUCGCCUUGAGAAGAGCAGCAUCGUUGGAGGUCUUGAAGGCGUACGGCGGGUGCUUCGCCUCUGGCUUCCUCGCACUACAAGAGCCCCUCCCAUCAAGGCCAAAAUCCAAACUCAGGUCAUACGAGAGCGCAUACAGCGUCGACAUGUCAAGAACGGCUUCCAACGCCACAUCACUCGAGACAGCCUCAAGCAGCUGGAGCAGCAACGUCGACGUGCCCCGGCCAGAUUCGUCUACAUUGGGCGCACCAGUACCGGAAAGCAAAAGUAGAAAAUGGAGCUGGCGAAGCAUGAGGAGGAGUCGAAAGCAAGCUGCGAAGAAGAUUGAAGUUUAAAAAAAAAGUUAUUUAUUGGCUGGCCUGUCGGUCUCUACAUUUUUCUUGUGUAUAUGUUUAUUAGCGAAGGCGUUGGGGAAUCACGGAUACCAUGGAAGACUGCGGAAUCAUCUCUUUUGUCACGAAGCCAAUGGCAGAGCCACUCAAAACUCGACGGAA